AGUUUAGUUGUGUAGGAGUUUCAUUCUUUGCCUCCUUCUCUCCAGAUACAUUAUGGCUACUCAGGCCCCGCCAGUCCUCACACUGCAGGAAGGAUGCGUGCAAAACUUCAGCGGUUACUUGGAGAGACAGUCCAGCAUAUUCAAGAGGUGGAAAAAGAGAUGGAUAAUCAUUACUCCUGGUCCAUACCAGCAUCAAGUUUUUACCGAAAAGAAUGGGACAAAGAAACUCUUUUUUGAAGUUCUCUCAGCUCUUAAUCCUCUUGUAGAACCAGUCACCACAGACCCCAAGGAUUCAAACUACACAUCCUUUCGUGUUAUUAACCAAGCCACUGGAAAACCUUUUGGAAUAUUUAGAGCCCCAGACAUUGUACGAAUGCGUAGUUUCAUGGCUUCAUUUGGUCACACUGGAAAGGGUCUCUUCUCAAAGGCAGCAGGUGCUAAUGAGAUCCCGGUAGAAGCAACACACGGACUUUGGGAUGUUAUUCAUCCGUCUGAAGAGGAACUGGUACAAAGAGAGAUGGCAUUUAACGAGGGUGAGGCUGUACCCAGACCUGUUGAUGCCCCUCCUAAUUAUGCUCAAACUAUGGAGCAGCUGGCGUUAGGGUUUUAUCUACCAAAUGACCUCCAGCCAGAGACACCUGUAGUGUAUCCAGGUCAAGCAAUGCCUAUUUAUGAUCCUUCAGUAGCAGCUGCUUCUUCAUCAACCAGACGACCCUCACAUGAUACCUUCCGCCCACCCCACGGUCCACCUGUUCUCUGUCCAAUUAGUAUCGGGUAUGGACCUGAGGUUGGUCUGAUUGAUGGACAGCAGGCGCUAUGGGAUCCGAUUGGCAAGUACUACUUCUUUAUUGAUCACGUACAAAAAGUGACCUUUUUUGAAGACCCACGCCCACCUAUAGCACCCAGACCAGCUUUAGAGCCACACCAGGUAACUUAUGGUGAUCGGAAAAGAGAAGGGACACUCCCUCAAUCUCUUUGUUGUAGUUAUGACAUCAUAAACCACACCUCCCAAAGGGCCCAUUCUAAAAAACAUGGUUUUGUGCUUAAUGCUGCCGGUAUUCAUGGUCAUCAUGGAAAACAUGGAAACGUGGGUACUACUGGUACCAGCGGGUACUCUGGAGUGUGCAGAGAAGGACCUGGUACUGAAGGGGGUCCUGGGGGGGUCGGGGGGCCUGGGGAUUUUGGACAAAGAGGACAAGAUGCAACUGAAGCAAGUGAUGUCAUACUCAGUCUAUAUGGCAACAACGAGUCGUUACAUGUAUCUGGUUCAUGUAAAUUCACGGCACAUUUGGGCGGAGACAAGUAUGAGGAAGUAUUAUUCGUAAAUUGUAGAGGAGGGGACGGGGGUAGAGGGGGUAAUGGAGGAACGGGUGGAGCCGGUGGAAGAGGAGGCAGAGGAGGUGAUGGAUCUAGUGGCAGCCCGGGAAUGUCUAGCGCUCAUGGUCCUGGGGGGAAUGGGGGACCCGGGGGUAAUGGAGGCAAUGGGGGACAGGGGGGAACCGGAGGUAAAGGAGGAAGAGGAGGAGAUGGAGGACAUGCUGGAUAUGGAGGUGCCUGUGUAUUACAAGCUCAGGACAGGCAACUGUUUAUGUUAGUAGAGGUGGACUGUAUGUGUGGAACAGGGGGAAACAAGGGGAGCGGAGCACAAGGAGGUGAAGGAGGCAGUGGAGGAUCUGGUGGUGAUGGAGGUCCUGGAGGACAAGGAGGCAGGGGAGGUAGGUACAGGGACGCUAAUGGGGUCAGUUAUUAUUCAGAUGGUUUUCCUGGCUCAAAUGGGUUUCCUGGAUCCAGUGGAUCUGAUGGAUGUAAGGGUGCCUCUGGACAGGACGGGAUCAACGGUCAACCAGCACCAACUGGCGGUAUUCUGUGGGUUAUUAGCUCACCUGAUGGAGGGAUACUUCAUGAGUCUUCCACACGUUAUGACUGCCAUGUAACUGGGUUUCACACUGCUUCUGCCAUUGAUGACGGGAUCUUUGAACCAAACGAACGUGUCAUCAUAACAGACCUCACCAUGACUAACGAUGCUUCUAUGGACCUGCCAUCCGGAGCCACUGCUCUUAUUCCUUCAACUCAAACUAUCAAAUUUGAGCCAAUAAAACAUACAUUGCCUGAAAUCCCUCGUGGGGCCACAUACACUGUUCCUGUUAGUUAUUAUGGGCGAAUAUUCGACCAGCCUCCUCCUAACAAACCUGGACCAUUUGUUUCAAAAGCAGAGUUGGUAUCUCGUGUUGAAUUAUUGGGACGUCCCUUUGAGCGCUCCUUCCUCAAAAAGACUCUCAUCAUACAGUACCCUAUUAAACUAGCAUUUAUGAAUUGCCCAGAAAACCUUGGACGAGGUGAAAUUGCUAAUCUUGAGAUCGGGAUUGAAAACAUAUCCCAAAUGCCUUAUGGAUCAGUUCCUGGCUCUGGCGGGAAAGUCAUUCUUCAGGUUCAUUUUGAUCAGCGACUCCUUCCAGUGGCAGCUGCUAAUGUGGGCCUCUCUCUAGUUCCUUACACAGUUACUUAUGACCCUAACAUG